GCUGACAUCGAAGGAGGGAGAGAGUAAAAUGCUUUUUUCAAUAUGACAGAAAGCGUUGAUCAAUAUCUAACUCAACUUAACAACAGCUUGAAGUCGACAUCUUCUAAUCGAGGCAAUGAGGCUGCAGACAUAAGCAAUGACCUACGUGCUCAUUGCAAUGAAAGUAUUAGACAAACUCAAAUAGGGUACUAUUCAUCUUUGCUUUUCAAUCAUGACACUGGAAUCAUAAAUUUUUUAAAUGCUGUUGUAUCAAUCGACGAGUUUGCAAAAUGUAAAGAAACACUUCUCUUGCUUAUUGCUGAUUUCAUUUCCAAACUGGGAACAAGAAUUUCACCAUAUGCUACUGGAAUGAAGGAAAUAUGUGUUAGACUUUUCCAAAAGGAUAGAAACAGUCGUGUAAAAAACGAAACAUUCAAUGUUUUACAUCAACUACUUGAGUUGAAAUUUGAUGCAACAAUAGUCGAGAAGCUUGACAUAAAAAAUCUCAUUGAAAAGUACUUUUCUGCCUGCCAUCGACCGACCAAUUACUCGUCAACUGUUAAGUCUGGUAUUUACUCCCUGUUGGGUUCAUUGGCGGAAUUUUUUCCUGAGUUGAUGGUGACUCGUGCUGAGAGAUUGCUUCAGAUAUAUGUUGGUGUCUUAAAGACUGAAAUGAAUAAGUCCAGCAAAGCCGACAUGCCCGUGAUAGCCGGCUGUCUUCGGGGACUGGUGUCUACUCUCGUAAACUUUACUCAAGCAAUUGAUGAAGGUUCUCGAUCCGCCAAAGACAUUUACUCGUGUGUCAGAAGAGCCAUUGACACAAAAGUGCAUUACGUCAGAUACGAAGUACCGCGAGCUGGCUUGAAUUUUAUCGCCAGACACGCGUCACAGUACAAAGAAAAUUUAACAAGAGAUUACGAAGCUGUUUAUGAAACUCUGACAUGGUGGUGUUCAAAAAAUAACAAGGAAACUCGUAGCAUUGCUUUUGCUGCUUUUGAGGCGUUUUUGAAACAGGUUGCUGAAUGUCUUAUGAAGAAAGGAGAGGAAGCUACUGUCAAAGAUCAGGAGACAUUCAAAUUCUUUAUCAGAUCUUUCAAAAAGAUUAUCAGCUCCAGUGACAGCGUUACAAGGGAUAUUUCCAUUGCAAUUCGAGGCUAUGGCUAUUUUGCUAAGCCAUGUACUUUGUUUUUACGUGAAGACGAAAUAAAAGUCAUGUUCGCCAUGAUGAUUCAAAGGAGCGAGCAGAUGUAUUUUAAUGACAGGGAAUUAAAAGAAGACAAGUUACAAAAUCUACCAAGUUUUCUUGAGGCAUUUGGUUUUAUUGCUGAAGAAAUUGAGGAGAUUCCUUAUGCAUUUGUUUCAUUUCUCGAGCGCUUGGCUGUCGUCCUUAUCGAAACGUAUCCUCAACUGGGAAAAGGACCUCAGUUUAUCUGUUGUAAAGGAAUGUUGAAGCUUUUUGAAGCGUUGGCGAAGAACGUGGCCUUGUUGAAAUCAUUUCUUUCUCAAAUAGUUUAUCAAGGGUUGAUUCGAACGUGCUCUCAUCCUGUUCCUUUGGAAGAGGGUGAAGACUCCACGGAAGAAGAAACAGAAUUCUUCGUUCGUAGCAUCUCGUAUAAAGACUACUUGGAAUUGUGGGAAUGUCUUCUUGGAGACAGUCAAAAUAAGAAUACGAGUUGGACAUUAGAUGCCAUAAGAAUGAGAGAAGCUAUUCAUAGAUUGAUCUACGAUGAACUUAUUUUGGCCAUUUUAAAAAUUAUCAAGAAACUUGAUUUGUCCUCACCUCGUGGCCUGACCAAUGAUGCAGAUGAUAAAACAGGAAGUACUAAUCCAGAUAUGUCCCACGUUAUCGGAAACACUACCGACUCCAUUUUCGAUCAACGUGAAGUUUCCAAAGAUUUUCAAAUUUUUGUCAACUUGGUCGAAUUUUCGAGGAAAAUCCUUGUUAAAAUGAAAAUCAACUGGUUUGAAAAUUGGAUUUACACCUUUGGAAGGGAUAUUGUUGUGUUGUCUACCAGGUUUCCACUAGUCAGCGGUCUUUAUAAAAUGCUCGAGAUAGUGAUGAAGAUAUCAAGGAAAAUUGGCUAUUUUUCCGUCGGGGGUAAAAUUACUGGUCAUCAGUCAUCUAGAUAUUGUCAUGCCAUCACUAAGAUAUUGUCUCUGCCAAAUGAACUGGUCAUCAGUCAUCUAGAUAUUGUCAUGCCAUCACUAAAGACGGCUUUCAGACUUGGCCUCAGCUAUCUUCCUUUGGCAAAGUCAGCGCUCGAUGCCUUGGACAUGUGGACGUUGCAACUACCAGCGGAAGUUUUGUUUCCUUAUUUUAAAGACGUGCUUCCUCAACUUGAUGGAUAUUUGAAAACAACUUCAGAGUUAGAAUCUUCAGACCGACAAUAUGUUAGACCUUACUCCAAAACUACCAAAAAAUCAAGGACUUAUAAAAAGGACAGAAUUAACUCAAAUACUGAGGAAGAAAACAGUCCGCUGAACGAGGUUCGUCGUCGCAUACUGAUGUUUCUUGGCAGUAUAGGAGGAAGGUUCAAUUUGGGUUUGCUUGAAUCCUGCAGUACAUCUGCUGUAUUGCCUGGGAUUGCAUGGGAUACAAAGGAAUAUUUAUCUUUCGCCUUGCCGUUUCAGGAUUUGAAACCAAAUAUAAAUUUGGAUCCCUUUCUUCCAAAAGUUGUAGAGCUUGCUGUUACCUCCAGUGAUCGACAAACUAAAAUUGCUGCCUCUGAAGUCCUUCAUUCCCUGGUCUUGUUUAUGCUUGGUAAAGCUGUCCAGUUACCAAAAAUUGCACAUAAGAGUCAUCUCGAGAAGUUGUGGAAAAGAGUAUUUCCUGUCAUUUUGCAGCUUGCGUGCGAUGUUGAAAUGGUGUGCCAACAGCUCUUCAAACCUCUGUUGUUCCAGUUGAUCCACUGGUUUACUAACAACAAGCAAUAUGAAAGCCCAGACACAAUAAUUUUACUGGAGACUUUGUUGAAUGGUGUUAUACAUCCAACAGACACAUCUCUACGUGAUCUCAGUGCUUCAUGUCUCGAGGAAUUUCUUCGAUGGUCCAUCAAACAGACGUCUGAAAAGCAGUUGGAAAAUAGUCCCAUUAAUAUAAAAUCAUUGUUAAAGCGACUGGACGCCUUGGCCACUCAUCCCAGUGCCAACAAACGGCUUGGAGCUGCAUUGGCUUUUAAUAAUAUUUAUCGAGUUUUUCGGUUAGAAGAGUCAUCUUUGGUUGAUAUUUUCACGCUCGAAAUACUUGUUAUUUACUUGGAGAGUUUGGCAAUGGCGCAUAAAGAUGACAAAAGUUUAGGCACUCAGGCUGAAUGUGUUGACGUCAUAAAGCAUCUCGAAAGAAUCAUUUCCGCAAAGUCUUCAAUGUUAUUGAAACCGCGCAAAGAUAGACAUGUACCUAGAGGGUUUUCGACGGAUACUGUCACCCUUGUCCAUCUAGUUCCCUGGCUUCUGGGAAUGUGUGGACGUCCUGAGACGGAAUGUCGUCAUCAAUGCAUGAGACUUGUUUCAUUGGUUGCGCCAUUACUUCCGGGAUGCCCUACUACCCAAAUGUGGAUGAAGAACAUUCUAAAAUCGGAUGGGACGCAGUAUUUUAUUUCACGGUUUGAAGGUGGUUUUGGUGGUAAAUCUGGUAUUCAGAAAUAUCCAUUACUAUCCAACAUCAGCAAUACAUUCUCGCUGAUUCUCACUAAACUUUGGUUUGAUUGUCUUCUUGCGGCCCUUGAUUCGUAUUGUUGGACAUUUAGCGAACGCUUGUUGACCCCGACUUCCAUUUUAAAAGAUCAAUCAUCCAGUGUGUUGUUCAAAUCUUUGCUGUACUUUAUUGACUAUCUCUCUCCCUUUGGCAUCGAGAAGGCAAACGAUUGUUUUAAUACAAACUUGGACAUUAAGAGUACAUCCGUAUUUUCACCUAGCGAAAUACAAGAAUACAACGGGGCAAAAUGCACCGUUUUGGUUCGGAUAAUGAGUUUCCUAGCUUUGCUUCUUCAAAUAAACUCCGAAGAAUGUUUCCAGGUUGUUCCGUCAGAGUUGUGGCAAGGAAGACUGUUUGAAAGUGUCCUGACAUGCGUACUGGAACCACAAUCUUUGGGAUUCAAUAUGGCUGACCUAGACUUCAUGGAAAAACUACCUAAGCAGACAUUGGAGUUGCUUCACCUUUUUGUCGAAAAAUUACCCAGGCCAUCUUUGACUCGAUUGACGGAAGUAUUGACGCACAAAAUAUCUCUGGGAGGGCGGUGUAACCUAUUCGAACUUUUGCCAUUACCGUUGUCUGGAAAUGAAGGAAAUGAACUGGAUCAUUCACGAUUACAAUGUCUUGUCUCUGGUUAUGGACAACUCCACGUCACUGGCAUUUUGAUGUCUGCUUUGGAAAAAGAGGGAAGAUGGGAUGCUAAAAAUGUGCUGAGAAAUUGUUGGAUACUGUGUUCAAAUGUAGCUGUCAUCGAUGAUCCUCUUUCUAGUGGAAUCGUAAACCUUUCUCCUCCUUCCCAGGAAUUUGCUAUUAAGCUCCUCGAUCUGGCUUUUAAACUAGGAUUAAAGAUUGAACGCUUGCUGCAGUGUAUUUUUGACGAUACCUUGCUCAGUGAUCAAAAAGGGUCAUCUACGACUGUUGGAAUGGUAUUUUACGAAGCAUUUCAAAAAAGCGUUCAUUUAUUCUUCAUAAAAAAUGCGAGUGUUCAUUUUCCGAAAAUUGUGGAACAUAUCGAAGAAAGAUUUGAAUGGGUGUCGUCGACUAUGAUUGGGGUUUUUGAGAGCACACUGAAAGAUAAAGAGAUCAAGAAAACUUAUGGUCGAACAGUUACGGUAGUGUUUCUUGCUCUGUGGGAUAAAAUGGUAUCUUGGUGGACUGUUGAUGGUAAAGAGGAGCGUAAGAGAUCUAUAGUUAUCUUGAUGAGAAACAUGUUGCUUGUUGAUUCUAAGUGCCUCAGUGAAGUGGAGUCCUCCUGUAAAAUAGUUCAGACUUACAACAGGAUGUUAAAAGAUAAAUCUGUCAACUUGACUGUCAAGACUCAAUGUUUGGAGUUACUCCCUUUUUUCACAUUGGCUCCUUUAAAUGAAAAGCACAUGAAUGAUUUAAGAUGUGCACUUGACACUUUGGUCGUGGAUAACUUUCCUCUUACUUCGAGGGAAUUUGACGAAAGCAAUCAAAAAUACAGCAUUUAUAUUGCUGCUUUGGAUAAGAUUCUAUCAUCUUUGGUGACUACUGGAAGUUUGUUGCUGUUAGAAUUGCUUAUUUCUGUUGUUUGUCGUGAAGAACAUCAUCGCCACGAGGAAUUUAUAAACUUGCAACUUAGCAAGUUCAUGAAACGACAAAAUCUUCAACAAGCACAAAACGCUCUCAAUAUUUGCUUCAACGUUUUCACCAAAGAUCGUGAACAUAAAGCGCUCACGCGUCGAGCUGUCAUUGAUAAAGUUUGUCUUGUGUUGCUACAAGCGACGACGAUGUCUGUUUUACGUGAAUUCUACGUCCAGAAUGUUAAGAAAAUCAUGGAAAUUAUCGAAACGAGAAUAACAGAGACGUCGGAAAGUGCAUUUGAAAGUCAACUUGUAUCAAAGUUAUGCUGUUUUGAGCUCAUGUCGUUGUUAUAUUCGACACUUGAAAAGUCCGAAGUGAACAGUAUGGAAUCACGGAUAAACAAGAGUUUUUGUAACGUCGUGAAAACUGGAAAAGAAUUAACACAGGCGCUUUCAAAGAGUGCCCACGCCGCAAGACGCGAAGACAUGCGCGGAGAAAGGAUUUUACUCUCAUUGAGACGAGAGUACCAUUGUGCUGCUCAUAAUACCUUGAUAUCUGUCAUCACUUGCACACAAACUGAACUCAAGUUCUACAAUGUAUUGCUUUUUAGUGAAAAUAUAGCCAAGGGUCAGUUUUUACUCGACAAUCUCGUUGAUUGUACAAAGACAUUGGUGUUUGAAAUGGAGCUCUCAAAACCUAUGGAUAAACGCGCUCAACUUGCUUCCAUUAGACGGGAAGCGAGACCAAAAAUGGAUACAGACAGCGGCAAUGAAGAGGCAUCGCCAAGAUACCUUGCUUCUCAAUAUUUGACUGAUAGUAGUUUAAGUGAGGAAGUUGCACAGUUCGACUUUUCGACGCCAAUUCAGGCUAUUUCACAAGAAAUGUCCGUUGCCAUACAAAAACAGGAACAUACAGACGUUAAUCACGAACAAGACAAGUUAACGAAAACUGAACAAUCUUCUGAAUUUUUGGAAAUGGACGAAUUGAAUAGUCAUGAGUGUAUGGCUUCAUUAGUUGCUCUCAUGAAACAUUUGGUUCAAAGCAAAAUAUCACCAACUCCAACGAAGGGUGAAGAACCUAAAGAAAUGCCUCCAUGGAUGUCUCAUCUAAAUCGAAAACUGUCCAAUGACUCAAGUCAGCUGAAUAUUAGAUUAUUCAUCGCUAAACUCAUUGUCAACACACCAGAGGUGUUCCAACCUUAUGCGAAGUUCUGGUUGAGUCCAUUGAUCGAACUUAUUUUGUGUCCUGACUUUACGACGCCACAACUAAAUUAUUUUGUCGUUGAUAUCGUCAUUACGAUGUUGUCUUGGUCGAACGUCGCCAUUCCUGAGAAUACUUUUUCUGGCAAACAUGUAACGAAUCGCCUUCUGGAGUAUCUGAUCGAGCGAUGCAAUCAUCCAACACGUAGCAUAUUUAAACAUAACUUGGAAAUUGUUAAAACAUUUUUUGAAGUAUGGAAAGAAAGAAUCGAAGUUCCUUGCAGGUUGAUACACGAAAAGUUCUCAAAAUCCGACCCCCAGACAAAAGAUAACUCAGUUGGAAUCCAAUUAAUGGGAAUUGUUUUGGCCAACGGGUUAGCUCCUUUUAGACGUGAUUGUGGAAUUGAUGAAAAAAGUUUUUAUGAAGACUUAGUGAAGAAUUUCGCCUUUAAAUAUAAAGAUGUUUAUGCUGCUGCAGCAGAGGUCAUUGGGAUGGCGUUGAAAUAUCUUUCUGAAAACGGCGAAAAGGAAUCCUUUAAAGCAUUAAUGGAAAUACUGUGUAAUAAACUUACAAAACUGACAAAAGAGUCGGAUAAGUUUAUUAUUUGUGUGCAUCAGCUACAAAUCCAUUUUCCUUCUGCUGUCGACAGUUUCAUCAAUAGCAUCCUUUUUGUAUUGCCAAAUGUCCAUGGAGAAUUUCAAACCCGUUGUUUGGAAAUCAUCCUUUCGCGAAUCAAAGCCAUUCCCAACAUCUUUCUCGAACUGAAAACUAAAGGAUUUAUAACCACAAUGAAUCACAGAGAUGAAGGAACACAAAUGACUUGUUUGAAAAUUGUCCAUGGAAUGUUGCAUGCUCUCAGUGUUACCGAUAUUCAAUCGCUGAUGUCAUCUGUGACUAGUUUCUCCUCACACAGCAGUGUUGCAUGCCGGGAUGUUAUGUAUGACAUCCUUAUAUGGAUCUACGACGCCUACAGGUUUGAAGAGGCAUUUAGAAAUGAAGAAGGUUCCGAGGAUGUUCUUGCCACUGCUAAAGAUUUUUUACUCUUGGGUCUUGCUGAUGACAAUAAAGAUUUAAGGUUAAAAAUUCGAAAUUUCUGGAGUGAUGAAACAAGGCUUCCUAAAUCCACUUUGCAAAGACUCGUUCAAGCUUUACGCGCAAUGUACUCUCCCAACACGGAAUCACAUGAUUAUCACAUCGACUUUUCUUGGCAGCAAAGAAACUCGACAAUGACAACUUUAUUUAGCGCUACUCAAAUGCCAUCCUCCUCACAAGGAUCUUUUGGCUCGAUUUCUAUGGACGUCGUAGACGGGAAACAACUUCGAGCUACACAAAAUCCGCAGUUCAGUAUGACACAGAGUGAUGGCGCGACUGGAGCUUCUCUACAGUCAUAUGAUUGGCUGAGUCCCACUAACGCUUUACCAUCACAAUCUCAUUCGACUGUGUUUUAUAAUGAAAGCCAAUCUUCAAAUUUAUUGUUCAAAUCAAGUCGUCGAAAUCGAGUUUAUAAAUCGUUGCGAUUGAACACUGCUGAAAAACAGUCAACUUCUUCAAACGAGAAUUCCUUGCAAUCUGAGAACAUUUUGAGUCUAAAGAGGCGAUUUUUAAAAGACAAACAAGGACGCGAUGUAUACUUCGCUAAAAGAGAGCUCGAGCUACAAAAAAUACGAAAGGAAUCGAUGGAGCAACAGAAAAAAGCACGUGAAAGUCGCGUGUUGAUGUAUCGCAAGUACAGAAAGGGCGAUCUUCCUGAUGUUCAAAUCAAGCAUUCGGAUAUAAUAACUCCUCUCCAGGCCCUUGCUCAGUGUGACAGCAACAUCGCAAAGUUGUUAUUCUCCUCGAUAGUUGGAGGAAUUCUUGCGCAGAUUGACGAAACAUUGACCGAUACGCAGGAAGAAGGUACACUUAGGGAUAUCCAGGAUGCGUUGGAUUACAUGAUGUCGUCAUCUGUACAGUAUUUCCCGCCUUUUAUAUCUAGCAUACAGAACGUUUGCUAUAACGAAGAGAAGUUGUCACUCGAUGCUGGCAAAAUAAGUUCGGCGUCUAUCGCCAGUCUUCAACAAUUUGUUGGUAUAAUGUUGUUGGAAAAACAGAUAAUACAUACAUCGGAAAAGAGUUGUGGCGAGUGUCCAAGCAAGCGUCAGAAGACUGGUAACAAGCUCUCAUCUGAAUGCAAAACAGACUGGAUUGAGUUAUCAAAACUCUACAAGUCUAUUGAGGACUUUGAUGUGCUUCGUGGGAUAUUUAGCAGCCACAUAGGUACACAGGAGAUCACGAAAGAAGCACUUGAAGCUGAAGGAAGAGGAGAUUAUAAAAACGCGCAGAAACUCUAUUCUCAAGCUUCAAACUCAAAUCAUGGAGACGAUAUUUUACAAGAAGAAAUAGAUUUAUGGGACGACUCCAUAUUAGAGUGUUGUAAACAUCUUGCAUCAUGGGAGGAUAUAGAACAACAUUGCUUGGUGAACAUCGAAGAAAAUGGCCGUCACGACUUUGAACAACUGUGGAAUGACGAGUACUUUAAGGAACAUUACCUUCCUUAUUAUCUUCGCUCCAAGACAAAACAACUUUGCGUUGGAAAACAGGAUGAAGCUUUUCAAGAUUUUAUUUUCGUUUCGCUUAAAGAGGAGCAUCGCAGAUCUCAUCUUGAGAAUAACUUCAGCGAUCACCUGGCAUUAUUUUUCAUCCUUGAAGAGGAUUACGACCGGGCCCGAUACUACACGAACAAUUGUCUUCAUACGUUUUUACAGAAUUGGUCCGGUUUGGAUUCAAUGAUGAGUUUUAGUCGUUCUGCUCAGCUGCAAUCUCUUCAAGCUGUCACUGAAAUGCAAGAAUUUCUUGACUUUGUUGUUAACGAAGAUAACUUUAUGUCAACGGAAAAGACCAUUUCUCUUUUAAAUCAUUGGUCUUCACGGGAACCCGACCCGAAACUUCAUUCUGUGGAUAUUUGGGACGAUGUUAUGACAAAUAGAUCAGUUUAUCUUGAAAAGAUUUUCUUGACGUUCAACAAAUAUUGUCCAACUCACAACAGCGAAGGGUCCAUGGAAAUUGACGACAAUCCCAUGAACAUGGAAAAUUUGGAGAAAAUGUUUCUUAAAAAACGUGUGUUGUUCAGCUUGAAGCUAUCGGAAGUUGCUACAGGACAGCUUAAUUUUCCAGUUGCAGAAAAACAUUUGAAAACUUCUCUAAAAUUGAUCAGAAAUCGCCUCCAGAAUGAGCAAGAGCUCGCGAUAACCUGGACUCACACCUACAGUGAUCUGAACUGUAGGAAAUGCCUUGUUUUAUCUCCUUCUGAAUCCGUUGGCACUGCUUUAACUGCUCUCAACGAACUCGACAAAGUCAAAGACAACUCAUUUUUUCUACGUAAUCUAUCCAUUGGUGUUAAACAUCAUCUCUUAUGGAGCCGUAAUCUGGAUGCCAUAACAAAUGCUUUGAGAUCAGUUGAAUGGGAGUCUUUAGACAACAACAUCAAACUAAAAUUGUUCAAUCUUUUUUCUGGCGCACCCGGAGAGGAAUUGAAUACGGUGAUUGGACAGCUUACAACGAAAUCGUUCACUGCUUUACAACAUUCUGUUAAAACUGCACAAACGAAUGAAAACCAUAUAAAAACAGUGGAUUCUAGAAAAAUUCUUGUGCGUAGCUUGAUGAAAAUGGCGAAAUUCUGUGACAGAAUACUUCGUGAGAAGCAUGAAGAAAAUGGAGGCUCAUCGCCAGUUGACACAAAGAAUUUCCCUGGAAUUAUCAUAAAAUACGUACUCACCUCUAUGGCUUAUGAAUCAACUGAAGCUCGACAAAUGUUUCCAAGACUUUUACAACUGGUGGAAAUGUAUCCCGGAAGUGACGUCGAUGCUUUCAUAAAAAAGAGUGCCGAAGUACCAUGUUGGAUGUUCAUUGGCUGGAUCAACCAAAUGGUGGCACUACUGGAUAAAAAGGAAUCGCAUGCUGUUCAUGGGAUACUUAGGGAACUUGCAAAGCACUACCCGCAGGCGAUUCUUUAUCCGUUAAAAAUAAGCAGUGAGCAGUUUGAGUUUGAUGAAUCAAGCGAAGGACAAGGAAACAAAGAAUUUGUUCAAAUGUUGAAGGCCAGUGUUGAUUUUCCGCUUGUUGAUGAUUUGAUAUUUGCUUUGGAACAAUUGACAAAUCCUGAAAUGGUUUUUAAGGAUUGGAUGGACGAAAUUAAAGUUUUGAUAACGUUGAAGAAAAGCGAAAUAAAAAUCUGUGAAUCGUUCAAACAAAUGUACAAAAAGUUACUAGAUGUGGACAAACAAGGAAAAAACACAGACGGUUUUGAGAUGGGCAAAAUUCGUCAGAAUUUUUCACGAUAUUUUUCAAGUAAAGUUCUGAAGACCUGCGGAAACGAUGGAUCAAAGCUCCUUUCCUUAAAUGUUAAUAAUCUUAACAAAUCACUUAAUGACCUUUUCAAUGAAAUGAAGUCAAAAAAGCUAUCAAACGGAAACCUUAAAGAUUACUCACCAUGGUUAUCGUUGUACAGAACACGUUAUGAGUCAUAUCAACUAGAAAUACCAGGUCAGUACACUGGCGAUAUGAAACCAUUACCUGAUUAUCACGUGACGGUUGCAGGUUUUAAUGAAAAGGUGCGAAAACUUUCUUCGUUACGAGCUCCAAAGUGCAUCACUGUUCUUGGGAACGAUGAAAAGGAAUAUAAGUUUUUGGUAAAAGGAGGUGAAGAUCUACGCUUGGAUCAAAGAAUACAGCAGCUAUUUUCUCAUAUGAACGAGAUCAUGGCCGAAGAUCCAUCUUGUCAUCAAAGAAAUUUACGCUUAAAGACUUACAAAGUUAUACCAAUGACGUCAAGACUUGGUGUUAUAGAAUGGCUGGAAAACACUAGAGUUUUUAAAGAGUUUAUCUCUGAUGGAUUGUUGGAAGACAGGAAAAACGCAUUGACGAAGACCAUGGAAGUGCAUAACAAAUGGUUGCAGUCUUCAUUUCCUGUGAACAAGAAAAAUGCUGAACUAUACCUUCAUUAUCAUGUAAUGUAUAAAAAAGCGUCCAGAAAAGAUAUAAUACGGAAAUUUGAAGAUCUUCAAAGUAUGAUUCCUGAAAAUUCCCUGAGACGAAGUUUUAUGCAGCUAGCAUCAUCCCCUGCGGCAUUUCUUAUGCUGCGAUCACACUUUAUACGCACCUACGCUUGUAUGAUAACAUGUCAAUAUGUUCUGGGUAUUGGUGACCGACAUUUGUCAAACGUAAUGAUUGACUUGAACAAUGGCGGUGCUGUUGGGAUUGAUUUUGGUCAUUCCUUUGGUUCGGCUACACAGUUUCUACCAUUACCGGAGCUAAUUCCAUUUCGACUUACUCGUCAAAUAUGGCAGCUCAUGAUCCCGCAUCGAGUAAAAGGGCAGUUGCAAAGCACCAUGGUAUACACGAUGAGAGCUCUAAGGAAUAAUCACGAGAUUUUGUUAAACACGAUGGACGUGUUUAUAAAGGAACCGUCUCUGGAUUGGCAGAAUUUUGCCAGGAAACAGGCCGAAAAACAAAAUCAUAAUCUGGAUGAUAUGCAUUGCCACAAGUGGUAUCCAAGGGAGAAAAUUAAGUUAGCGAAAAGAAAACUGGAGGGAGAUAGUCCUGUUGAAAUUAUGAAAGUCGAUCUUCGAUUAGGUCAUGAGAAAACAGAUCAUUAUAAGGAACUGGUGUCUAUUCUCACAGGUGAGGAGCAAUUUAACGAACGCGCACGAAUGUAUGACGGGUCUGUGGAGAGUCAGGUCAAUUGGCUUAUCGACCAGGCCACCGACCCGAAUAUUUUAGGGCGAACUUACCACGGAUGGGAGCCGUGGGUUUGAAAUAAUAUGUAAACAGUAGUAUGGAUUUUUCGAGUUACGUUACAUUUUUAUCAAUGGAGGUUCAAGGCCAAUGAUAUACUCGAGUACUGCGCAUGCGUUAAUGACAAGUCUGUUUUAGUUUUUUUUUGGUAGUCUAGUGAAAGAAAUCUGCGACAAAAUCAACAUAAAAAUAACAAACAAUCCUUUUAUUUCAAUACUGAAUGAAGCCUUAAAUCUAUAAGUACAUCUCGCUCAUAUUGUACGUACGUAUGUAUUUACACAUUGAUUUUUAAUCAUUGAAUGUGUGAAUGAAUGGAUGUUUA